AGCCCGGAGCAUACCGAGGCCGCCCCGCCUGUGGCCCGCGAGGAUUCCGCUGAGCCGAACGCCGAGGAGCCCCCGGCGGAUGUCGCCCCCUACCUCGCCGCCGCGGGCCGGGCGCCGGCCUCCCCGUCGGGCGAGUCCGCCAAGAGCUCCUCAACGGGGCGCAGCGUUGAUGCCCCGUCGGUGACCGCGGUCGGCGACGGUGGCCCCCGGUUGCUCAUGCUGCCGCAGACGCGCAACCGCCUCGUGCGCGAGCUCAGCUACAUCAACGAGAACAUCUUGGGCCCGCCGGCUCGCGGCUGCCAGGCGAACGCCGCUGGCACCGUGGUCAAGACGGCGAGGGGCAUGCUGAGGCAGGCGCCCGCGUCGACGCGGGCGUGGUGGCGCGCGUGCACGCAGGGGAGUGCCUCCGACGCAGGCUCGGCGGCGCCGAAACCCAGCCCGAAGACGUCCAUGCCCGCGUUGCGGUUGGCGAAGUCUCGCUGGAAGGCGUCGUCUGCUCGCGGCCGCAGCACUUCCAGCCCUUCCGACAUCGAUGCCUUCGACGAGAUCCUCACAGAGUUCGCUGUCCCCCGCGCGACGCUGACCCCGGAGAUGGCCGAUUCGGCGCGCGGGGCCGCGCUCUCUGGAGGCGUGGAUGCGACGCUCGAGCAGGCCCCGGUCGAGUCCAUCGUGAAUCCGAACGGGGGGGAGGUGGCCGCGUCGACGCUCGGGGGCGCGUCCGCCGGAGGCAUGGGCGCGGCGCCCCACCUGGGCUUGUUGGACUUCGUCGAGGAGCCGAACCAGGACUUGGCGGCGCCCGUGCCCGGGGGCGCGCCCCCAGGAGGCGAGGUCGCGACCGCGGGGGGCGAGGGUGGCUCGCCCGGGCCAUCCCCGGCAAAUAUUUUCAACGAGCUGAACAUGAGGAUGGCCGAGUCGGCACUCGAGGGCAUGUCCGCAGGGGGGGGCGAGGAGACAGAGCCCGACCAAUUCCUGGCGGAGUUCGUCGAGGAACAGGGUGACCUUUUCGUGCGCUGCCGGAUGGGCAUCUUCAGCCUGGACGAGAUCAUCCAGCAGGCCGGGGCCCUGGAGAAGCGCUAUGGGGCAAUUGCCUGGCGCCUGAUGUACCUGCUCAGGACGAUGCCCGACAUCAUCAGCGAGAGCAUCCCGUUCGAAUGGAGGAGCGCCCCCUGGCGAUCGGUCGGCGGCAGCGGCACGCCGCUCGGCGAGAUGAAUCACGCCUCGACUCUCCUGUACCAGCGCGUCUUGAAGGAGCGGCUUGAGUGCGACGGGGGCCGCGGCUUGGCCCUGGACGCAGAAGCCCGGAGGAGGAACGAUUUCCCCGAGGCGCUGCCCGACAACGACAAUGCCACGCCUGACUUCGACGCGCCGCCGCCGCAGGAGGGGCGCGAGCCGGCGGCCCCGGAGGCGCAGGUGCACACGACGGGCCGCUGCUAUCGGCAUCGGGGUCUGGGCGAUGCAGACAAGCUGCCCCCCUCCUUCCAGCUCAAGGCGAGCUUCGACCACCUCGAACGCCCGCGCGCUCAGUGCGCGUUCACCGCGGCGCAGGUGGAGCUGUAUCACUUGUCCAGACGCAUGACUUGCGAUCAGUUCCUGCGGGAGAAGGACAUGCUGGAGCGGAUGGCCGGCGGGAGGGCCGCGUUGCUGGCAUGGUUGAUCUGGGAGGAGGGCAAUUGGAGGUCCGACUUCGGUGCCCGGGCGGAACGUUUCCUGGCCGCGGUUCAAAUGAUGUGCAGCACCGGCGAGCUGGAUGAGGAUGACAGGCCCGCGACUCCGGACCCCAUGCUGCCGAACGUCAGCAAGCGGGAGUGGGGGCGCAGCGCGCAGCGAUGGCGCGAUGCCAUGGCGCGAGUCGUGGACGCAGCGCCGGUGGACGCAGCGACGCUCGCAGCAGCAGAGAGGCCUGGAGUUUGGCUGGAGGGAUCGGCCCCGGCCUUGCGUGGUGCCCGCGUGCUCUCCCAGGACGGCAAUUGCAUAGUGCUAUCGUACGCCGUGCUGUCGGGCGACUUCCGCGGCGCCAUCGACUACUGCCGACGGUUUCCCGUGCGCCGUGGCUCGACGCGUCGCUACGCCGACGUGGCCGCCCAUUUCGGCUUAUCCUUGGGAUUUGCAGGAUUGGAGACCGCGCGGCAAGGGCAGCAUGCGCUCCGCCCCAGGUCGUACUUCUUCCACCACCGAAGGCAUUGUCGCCCAGUGGCUGUCCUGCCCGAUACCGACAUGGCUUGCGUCUGGAGGGGCUACAGCAGGCACUUCGUGAAGAUUGCGCACUUAGCGCGUCGCGUGGAGCUGGUCUGCGGGCAGCUCUUGUUCAUUGAUGGUGGCUGGCGUUUUCCACUCUGCGCAGGUCUGAGAGCCGGCGGUGGAUCUGACUGCGAGAGCGAGCCGGGUCCAGUGGGCGACGAGGCGAGGGAGGCGGAGGCGCCCGCCGUUGCACUGACGCAAGAGCUGAUCAGGAUUCUCCCUUCGAACUUGGCGGGCGACUCCCCCGGCCAGGCCUGCGAAAGCGCGGCCGCCGCGAGGGAGGGGGCGGCGUUUGCCGCGGCUCCGAGCGCGCCCGCCGCCCCCCCCAGCGGUCGCCCCAGCCAAGCUGGCGCAAGCGCGGCCGACGCAGAGGAGGCGGCGUCUGCCGCGGGCCCGAGCGUGCCACCCCCUCUCCCCGACGACGACCUGGCAAACGCUUUCGAGAAGCCCGGGGAGAAGCCGCCCGCGCAUAGCCUGACGAAACAUCUCGACGAGCACCUCGGGAGACACGUCGGCGCGGCGAAGUGCGAGGUCAUUCUCAAGUACCUGGUGGACCUUGAUUGGAGCGUGGACAACGGCAUGCUCCUCCAGGCAGAAUGCGUGUACCUCUAUUUCGAGUCUAAGGAACGCAGCCUCUUGUACCACGUCAGCCACGGCGCCUGGUUCACGUGGGACGAGCAGGGCUGGACGCUGAAAGACGGCACGAAAAGCGUUAUGGAGUUCAUGCAGACGGGGUUCUUGAAGGAGCACAUCCGCACAGCGUUCCUGGAGAAGCUCGUCGCGGCGGUGGAGGGCAAGGGCACCGUUAAGGCGUUAAUGGACCAGUGCGCCAUCUUCUUCAAGUUGGACCCCGUGUUCGACACGAGCCCAGAUAUCUUUCAGUGCCGCAACUGCGUGCUCGAUCUGGCGAAGAACUGUUUCAAGGAGUCUCGCCCGUCGGACAUGACCAACAGAAGUUCGUCCGUGUCGAUUCCGAAGGCAUGGUUGGAGGAUCCGUCCCAGGUCUUGCCGCAGUCGAUCGAGCAGAGAACCCUGGUCUGGAACUCGCUCUGGAGCAUCUGGCAGAGGGGCGAAGGCGGUUUCCACCCGGGUGACCAUUAUGACGAGCUGGGGGACUGCGACCACGAGAACUUCGACUUCUUCAUAUCCCUCGUGGCGCGGCUGCUGGAAGGCCGCCCGCUCCAGAAGGUGGUCACGCCGUUCUCCGAGCGCGGGCGGAACGGCAAGGGGCUGUUGGAGAAGAUGCCGGAGAGCGUGUUCGGAAGCUAUUGCGCCCCCGUCAAGAACACGAUCUUCCUGGAAGAGCGGCGCACGGAGGAUGAGCACAACGCGAGCGCGUUGGACCGCCAGGGGGCGCGCAUCGCGGCCACGAACGAGCCGCCCGAGCAGCCGUGGAGCAAUUCAACCUUCAAGAACAAGGUCUCCCGCGACAAGGUGCCGUGCCGCGGUUGCAACAGCAAGGUCGUGGAGAAACACUCGCCCACUUUUACGUUCUUGUUUUCGACGAACGGCCCGGUGCGCUUUGCCGUCCCCCCGAAGAACUCGGAGAAGGACGGGGUCUUGGUGCUGAGAAUGCCGAACAAGUUCGUGGGCGAUGGCGAAAAGUUCACUUCGCCGAGGCAGUUCCGCAAGGAUCCCAAGAUCGAGGACCGGGCCAUGAGCGAGGACUUCGGGCUCGGGUUCCUGUUGAUCCUCGUGCAGCGCAGGCAGAAAGUGAAGGACCUUGACGAACUGGUGGAUCGGGGAACCAAGACCAGUCGCUUCUGGGUGGAGGUGGUUCAGCGCCGAGCAAAUGGUCGCAAAGUUCCCGAGUGGGAAAUCACAAAGGAGAAGUCUCAGGGCAAAAAGAACGAGCGAUUCUUGGAAGUGCAGAAAGUCAUCAGGAAUGCCGGAAGAGUCGGGGCGACGCUGAUGUGGGUGACUUCGUACGUGUCCCGAAAGAAGCAGUCCCAAAAGGCAGUGGAGCUGCUGCCGUUGGACGUGGCGCUGUACGACGCGGUCAUCUCCGACGCGGACGCCUUCGGGGCCAUGGGCUCGUGCGCGUACUCCCCCUUCCACGACUCUUUCGCGCAGAAGGAUGGGUGCCAGGCUUUCGACGCGACGCCCGCGUCCGCGCGCCCCCCGACGCCUGCCCACACCCUUGCGUACCGCGUGCCCUCUGUCGUCCACGUGGAGAGCCUGGCUGCCGAGGCCGCGAGGAUCGCGUCUGACCCCGGCGCCGAGCCGGGCGAUCGCGCCAUGUGCGCAUCGUGGAGGCGGCGCGCCUACGAGGAGGGGGGAGAGCUGAAGGUGGGCACGUCGUGCUUCCAGUGGCUCGACGAGGAGCACAGUCAGCUCGAGGACAUCGGUCGAGCAUGCGCCCCCGCACCGAGUUGCCAAGCUGCUCGUCGCUCGGCGCGCGCGUGCAGCUGGGGGAAUUUGCCGGUCGUGGAGUGGGACUUCACCGUGGCUGCUUACUCGCGUCUGCUGUGGGAGCUGCGCCAGGUCGCCCCGACGGAGGACGCGGGGGAGCGCUUCGUGCAGAUCGCGAGGUACGUGGCGUCGCCCGCCGUGUGGCGAGAGAAGAUCGCCGAGUACUGCGGCAUCAGCGUGGACGAGGCCAAGCAGUUGUUGAAUCGCUUGGUGCAUCCUCGAGGCAGGUGCCGCCCGGACGAAGAGUGGGAGCCGGGCGCCGGGGACAGGGGCUCCCACGUCUUGCCGUGCGCGCUGGAGCUUCGGCAUCAGCUGAGGGAAGCGAUCCCCCUGAUCGCAGCGAAGUCGCCGCGGUUUGAGCCCAUCGCGAACAUGGAGAAGGCGAAGAGCGCGGAGCACCCCGAUUCCACCGCCAUCGCUUUGUUCCUGCAGGACUCCGAGAACGCCGCGCUGGGAUUGCUGCUUGACUUCCAGAGCUACCACAAAAUUCAGCCCGUGUGCCUCUGCUUCGACGCUGUCUACUUCGUUCCGCCGCCGUACCUGCUGGUGGGCGACCGGUUGCGGCAGCUCGCGCAGACGGCGUCAGACACGAUGUUCGCCGCCGGCGGUGUCCGCAUCAAGUCGUCGCGCGCAUCCCGAGAGCAGUCCGCCCAGGACGACGCGUCGGCGAGCUUGGCGUUCUACCAGCACUCGCUAGUGCGCCGACAACUCGCGGCACCCAUGAGAGCAACGCGCACCGGCGUGCCGCCAGAGGAGCCGCCUGUGAAACGAGCGAGGUUCUUCGGCAAGCGGUCUCCGCGCGCCGCCAACGAGGCCGUGUACGCUCAGUGUUUGGCUGCUGGAAACAAUUGCAUGCCGUGGUCGCUCCUCGCCCUGUCCCAGCAUCUCGCGCGCUCUCAGAAGUUCCUUGAUUUUGCUUUCUCUUCUGGCCCCCACAGCUACGCAGACGCGGCCGACGCGGCGCGGGAGUUCCACUCGCUGGAUUUAAUGGACCACGUCGACCUGCAGUCCCUCGAGCCUGGCGGAUACAUCCUCCAUGCUCGCGGAGAUCCUGGCCACGGCGACCCGCUGGUGAUCUCCUCGGACGAGCCGCCCGUGGUUCUCCUGCGGGGCGCGGGCGGCGCCCCAGAACCCUGCGUCGUGGACCUGGCCGCGCAGCGCUGCGACGUCGCCUGGGCGUUCCGCGGCCCUGCGACCGACGGGCGCGACGUUCGCUCGGACGAGCGUCUCCGCGAGAUGGCUGGCGCCGAUGACGAGGGCGAGGUCCUGCUCCCCGCGGUUGACGACGAGGGCGAGGGCGGCCCGAGCGAGGGAGAAGACGACAAGAUGAAGGAAGGGGAGCGGGCGUUCUGGGAGUCGCUGAAGAGGGAGUGUCGGGAGUAUCUGGACCUGUUGGAGGGCCGGGUCGCGCUGGAUACCUGCGCGUGCAAGAAGUGCGCGUUCCGGGCGUUUGCGGAGAAAAGAAAAUUGGUGCACCACGUGAAGACCUAUCACACGGAGGAGAGGGGGUACUCGGCCUGCAGCAUGGACGCCCAGUUCAAGAUUGCCCGGGCGAUCUUCAAUCAGCGGAGAGUGUGUUCGAUUCUCCAUCCCGGGGCACUGCCCGACGACUUGCUGUCCUCGGCGGCCGCGCUCAUCCGCGAUUGGUGCCGGCCUCCCGAGCAGGUGCUCGGAGUGCUGAGGCGGUCCAACGAGCUUCAACUCGUCGCGGUGUGGACAGAGAGCGGGGCCGUGCUGAAAUUGAAGAGCCAGGCUGGGGAUGCCCGGCGCCUGGGCGCCAAGGUGUAUUACACGGCCGGUUUUCAGGACCUGAUCACGUCAAUCGUCCUGCGCCGCAAGUUCCACCUCGCGACCGUCCUGCAGGACCUCGUGGCGCUCUCGGCGCCGGACAACCGGGCGACGUUGCUGUUCGGGAGGACAGCGCUGUCAUGGCGAGUGCUGAAGCUGCACAAGAAGUUCCAGUGCCCCGCGCCGCCGGAGUGGGACAUUUACCACGGCGAGCGCAAACCCAUUCCCGAGUGGGACAAGGUUCGGCCAGGACGAGUGUUCACCGAUGCCCAGUGGGCGGCGUACAUCGAGAAGCCGUUCACCAGCGUGCGCGAAUACAUCGGGGCCCUCCGGCGCAUCGCGUUGAUGUACCCGAGCACUUUGACCCGCAAGGAUCUGAAGGGGGUGUCAGUGCUGGUGCACCUUCAGCGCGCGGGCUCGCACUUCUAUUACACGCAGAGCGUGUCCGUGUUCAGGCGCCUGCACCCGGACGUGCUGAAGAGCACGAUGCGGAACGAGGCCAUCCAUCGCCAGGUGAAGGACUGGGGGCGCUGCGUGUAUCAGUGCCACCAGGAGCGCAUCGUCCUCGGGGGCAAGAUUUUCGGCAUCUACAAGGCGCUCGCGCACUCCUGCAAGCAGGGCACAGUGGUUCUUCGCGAGGGGUGGAUCGCGCUGCUCGCGGGUGCCCUCUCCAAGGGAGUGACGCCCGCGUUUGCGAGCGGCGCUCCGGUCGCCAUCGCAGACCGCGCGCAGCUGCGCACGCCCAUAGUGGCCGCGUCCGAGGAGGGGGCCGCGCGCCGCGCAGACCUCCGCGCAUCCCAGCGGGAUCGCGCCGCUGCCCAGCGAGCCCUUGACGUGAGCCGCAAGGCCAAGCGGUCCCGCUGA